GACGGCGGCUGCGGUCGAGAUGGUGGCAUGGGCGGCCGGGGCCACGCCGCCCCCCCUGAUAGACGCGUGGCUGGUGCCCCUCGUGUUCGCCCUCAUCAUGGCCCUGGGGCUCACGGGGAACCUCUUGGUGGUGGUCGUCGUCGGCAGGAACAGGCAGAUGCGGACCGUCACCAACUUCUACAUCGCGAACCUGGCAUGCACGGACGUCAUCUUCCUGGUGAGCUGCGUGCCCUUCACGGCCACGCUCUACCCACUGCCCAGCUGGGUGUUCGGGGACUUCAUGUGCAAGUUCGUCAACUACCUUCAGCAGGUGACGGUGCAGGCCACGUGCGCUACGCUCACGGCCAUGAGCAUCGACCGCUGCUACCUUGCGCUGCGACCCCUCAAGUCGCUCUACCGCCGCACCACGCGUCUCGCUCUCUCCGUCAGCGCGGCCAUCUGGACGGGGUCGUUCGUGGUCUCGCUUCCCGUGGCCCUGCACCACCGGGUGGAGGAGGGCUUCUGGUACGGCCCCCGGACCUACUGCGUGGAGAGCUUCCUGUCGGAGGGCCGCCGCGUGGCGUUCCUCCUCUACACCUUCGCGCUCACCUACCUGUUGCCCCUGCUCACCAUCUGCCUCAGCUACGGAUUCAUGCUCAACCGCAUCGGCCGCCCCGUCGUGCAGCCCGUCGACAACAACUACCAGGGGCAGCUGGUGUCGGAGCGCUCGCGGGCGGUGCACGCCGCCGUGUCCCGCAUGGUCGUCGUCAUCGUGGCACUGUUCGCCAUCUGCUGGGGCCCCAUCCAGAUCCUCAUCCUCUACCAGGCCUUGGCACCGACGUUCUCGCACAGCUACGGCACCUACAAGCUGAAGAUCUGGGCGCACUGCAUGUCGUACGCCAACUCGGCGCUCAACCCCAUCGUCUACGCCUUCAUGGGCGGCUCCUUCCGCAAGCUCUUCCGCACGGCCUUCCCGUUUUUGUUUAAGGAGGUAAAUCUUCGAAACACAAAUUAA